AUGGUCAAAGACAAGUCGCGGAAACACGCAAAUGGCAAGCGUCAUUCGAGUGUCACUCCGCAGAAAUCCACCCGCCUCACGCAAGACAUUGUCGAUCUCACCAAAACGGACCCGUGGGCUCACCAGGCGAGACGAGCACGGUCUGUCGCGGCGGGUGCCGUUCCCGGCUCCGGUUCCAAACUGACACCACUGUCACCGGCCUUUGACGGGAGAAGAGUUGUGGAUGGAGGAUCGGCACCGCGUCUACAGACCACGAUCGAAGUUCCGCAAGAUCCCAAAUCAAACCCCACCUUCAUUUUUCAACAGCUGGCCUUGUCCAAGAAUCGUGCCAACACUCGACCUUCGUUCUAUGGAGCAGUAGGCGCCGACGACGGCGAAGCUUCGAGCAGGAGUGAUGCCACCGAGCGUGACAGUACUCCGACUCCCGGCCACACAGGGACCAGAGACAAAAAUAAGCCAAAGAAGAAGAGGAAGUCUGCUGAGGGCAAUGGCAGGGAGCAGCCGCAAGACAGGGGAAAUGAUAAGAGGUCAGCAGACACGGGAAAAGCUCAGCAUCAGGAGAAAGAGGCCAGGCAGCGAGAAGACAAGAAGAAACGCAAGGACGAGAAAAAGAAGAAACAGCCGACCAAUCCAACAGAGGCACAACCAGCUACUACAGUCGAGUCACGGAAGCGCAAACGUAACGAUGAAGAAGCCGAGACCUUCAAACGCCGCGUCGAAGUCGAAGCUAAUGCGGUCAAGAGACUUCGGGAAAGUCUUCCAGCCGUCCGCCUUGACCGCGUGUCCCGCAGACUUGAACGGGAAGAGGGCAUCAAGCCGACCGAGAUGGCUGUGCUGCUCGUUGCCUCUAGAGAAACAAUCAUCGACCUCGCGAGACAGCAGGUGUUGCAAACCGAAAGGGCCCAGAAGACCAUCCAGGACGAGUUGUUGAGAAUACUGAAGGAACAGAAUGAGAGGCUCGCCGAGCUGGAGGGAAAGACCAAACCCAGCGCGGCGCCGUUGUCGGUGAAACAUGCUCCGGAGAGGGAGGUCGAGGUGAUUGACGACACCUCUUCUUCCUCCUCUUCUGACGACAGCAGCAGUGACAGCGACGAUGACGAUGACAAUGACGACGACGACGAAAGUGUACAGGAGUCACAUCUCGGGAAGAAAUCCAAUAAACCCUUGCCAGCGCAGAAACCUCUUGACAGAUGCCCGACUCAGUCAAAGAUUGAAGCAUUACUACGUGAACUCGAUGACGACAUUGAAGACUUUGCAGGACUUCUGUCAAAGACACAACUAACGAAAAGUGCCACUUCUACGGUCAUCCUUCCCGAUGGCGUGCGCAUGGCGGUUACCCGCUGCAACAAUAUCAAGAACUUUGCUCUUGACCUCUAUCAAGCCUUGGGUAUGGUCUGUCGCGAGCACUCGGAACAUCGGUUUGCCCUCAGUCUCAGUACAACAUCGGCGAGGCAAAGAGCCGAGUUUACUCUGAUGUACACGCAACCAUCACCUCUCGGACCUAAUGAGGCGCCUCGCAACGCCUAUCACACCCAACGUGUGCGCCUGAAAAUUGAAUCGGCUCUGGCCGAUGUUGUGCAACAAAAUGUACACGAAGCAGUUCAUGAAGCCGAUUCUAGCGUUCAUUCAGAGCUUCUUAAGACGCAAAAGAGACACCGAGAACCUAGUCCACCACCAAAGAAGCUUCAGAAGAAGGCGCGGAGGGUAGUGUUCAAGACUGCUGAUGUACUACAGCCUUCAGCGCCGCAAAUGGAUGACCCAGAAGACUCUUGCACACAUUCGGAUCUGCACAAUUUCUGCACGUGUCGUCCAAGAAUUGAACGACAUUGA